CACACCUAAUCCAAAACGCUAACAGAGAAAAAAAAGAAGUAAUACAAAAAUUAGAAAAAUCAAAACUAUAGAACAAACACAUUGCCGGCGAUAGUGAAACUCGCCGGUGAAAUGAACAUUCCGGCGAACGUUUCUUCUUUUUCUAUUAACAAUGCACGUCUUGCCGAUCAUCGCCGCCACGUGUUCCACGAGAUGAUACUGUAGUGUAGUGUAGUUUUACGAAGAUUUUCAGAAACUUUUUCUUGCAUUUUUUUUUUCAUUUCUGUUGAAAUCAUGUCUCCGAUGAAGAUCCAACCGAUCGACAUCGAUUCAGAGAAGUUAGUGGUGGUUCGAAACGACGCCGUUAAGCCUGUGUUGAAAUCUCGUCUGAAAAGACUCUUCGUGUUCGACCGGCAGUUUUCAAACGCGUCAAAAACUUCCACUAACUUCUCAGAGAAACCUAUCGUCGGCGGCGAAGUUCCACUUCCCGGCGACAAAUCCGAUGAACCGUUUGAGCCUAGCUCCGUUGCCUUAGCAAAAAUGGUGCAGAGUUUCAUCGAAGAGAGUAACGAGAAACAAAAUCCAGUCUCAAAACUCACUCGCAAUAGAUGCAACUGCUUUAACGGUAACAGUAAUGAUAGCUCCGACGAAGAACUUGAUUUCUUCGGCGAAUCUAUCGCUACUGGUUCUUUCAACGAUGCCGGUGACGCACUCAAGAGUUUAAUACCUUGUGCGAGUGUUGCAGAGAGAAAUCUCUUAGCUGAUGCAUCCAAAAUAGUUGACAAAAACAGUAAAGUUUUCAAACAAAAAAAUGAUUUGAGAAAAAUCGUUGCUGAAAAUCUUCAAUCUCUAGGUUACGAUUCUUCGAUUUGCAAAUCGAAAUGGCAUAAAACAAAAUCUCAUCCAGCUGGUGACUAUGAAUUUAUCGAUGUGUUCGUGGAAGGUGAGAGAUUGAUUAUUGAUAUUGAUUUUCGUUCGGAGUUUGAGAUUGCUCGAUCGACGGGAACGUUCAAGGCGAUUCUUCAGUUUCUUCCUUACAUUUUUGUCGGAAAAUCGGAUCGUCUCCGUCAGAUCGUCGCCGUCGUAUCGGAGGCGGCGAAGCAGAGUUUGAAGAAGAAAGGAAUGCCUGUUCCGCCGUGGAGGAAGUCAGAGUAUAUGCUAGCUAAGUGGCUCUCCACCUCCUGCACCAGAGUGAAUCCGUCUCCGUUACCGACCACCGCCGUGACAGACUCGAAGGAGGAUCUGACCGACGUUGCGGCGGAGAGUGAUUGUGGUGAGUGGGAACUGAUCUUCGGUGACAAAAUAUCUUUGCAGGAAUCUGAAACUGUUUCCGGUGGUGAGAAAAGCUCACCGACGGUUGCGAUGCCGACGUGGCAGUUGCCGGCGGUGAAAGUAAAGAGUGUUGAGAAAGGAUCGAAAGUGGUGACUGGAUUUAGCCUCAAACCAUAGAAGAAGGAAAAUUUUGCACUUUUUUGUCAAAAGUUAAUUAAAAAAAAGCAUAAUCAAAAUCGAAAGGACUUUUUUUUUUUUUUUUUAGUUUAAUUUUUACUCUUUUGGAUUUCUCUUUGUUUUCGGCUUUUGUUUUUACAAAGGGAUUCUGUAAGAAGUAACCAUAAAUAUUAGUCGUUACCACUGAAUGUAAUAAAAUAGCUUAUGGAAAUGGUAAAUAUUUUGAAAAAAA